AUGUCUUCUGCCACUCUGGUCUCGCGGAAAUUGUCGGCCGGUGAUGUCGUGACCAAACGUUAUGACGCUCUCGGGCUGCACCCGGAGUGUGCUUUAGCGGCCGAUCUGGUAAGGAGAGUCUCUGGUAAGUGGUUGCCUACCUCCUGGGACGAGAGGAUCACUAUUAGCGAAGAGGAUGCCCAGACCAUCAACAUCGCUUGUUCUCGGUUAGCAGAACGCAGGGAGCCCUGUCAGCACGAGAUCGCAUUCUGUGGCGCCACGCUUACUAUCACAAUUGAUGCUUCCCCUUACGGUAUGGGCUUCUUCCUCUGCAUCGGUAUCGCAUCUAGGGGGCAGGUCGCCAUAUAUGGGAAGGCCAAGUGCUGGCAAG